AUGUAUAUUGAAAAUCGGGCUCAGAUCUCGUUCAUCGAGUUGUAUGUUGAGUUUGAACAAUCUGAAGCUGACCGGAAUAUUGUACGGGAAGAUUAUAAUAGUGACAGUGAAGAAGAGUUCGAAAGUAACUACGAGUUUGUUGGUCCAGAUGGAGAUGAAGAUCAAGGUGAGAAAAAUACGGCUCCAGAUGUGACAGAGGUGGCAAAUGCACUCACAAACGAAGUGCCAUUUGAGAAGCCAUCAUUCAUGCGAGUUUUGGACUUGGAAGCCAUGCAUGUUCCGAAGUUUCCGGAAUAUAUGACUACAGGUACGAGAGACGUCGUAUUUGAAUGGUCAGGAGCCACCAUUUCACAGGAUCAUUCGAAGCUGGAUUCUAUCACAAUUGCGGAAGCGAUAAAGCCAUUGGUUGAGGCUGACCCCUCCUUAAAGGUAAAGUCGGUUAUAGCAGAAGUGCAAUCGAAGUUCAACUACACCGUCAGUUACCGGAAAGCAUGGUUGGCUAAACAAAGGGCAGUAGAAAAAAUAUUUGGAAGUUGGGAGGUAUCGUUUGAAGCGUUGCCUAUAUGGUUCAAAGCCAUGUGUCAUAAGGAGCCAUCAGCUGUUGUCCAUUUUGAGACUAUGCCUGCAUAUCAAGGCGAUGAGUUGGUGGGUGAUAUUCAAGUACUGCAUCGAGUAUUUUGGAGUUAUUACCCCUAUAUUAGGGCAUUCAGACAUUGUAAGCCAAUUGUCCAGGUGGAUGGGACUCACUUGUAUGGAAAGUAUAAGAGUUGUCUACUAGUGGCAGUUUCACAGGAUGGCAACAACAAUAUCGUCCCAAUUGCGUUUGCUAUUGUGGAGGGAGAGACUUCUGAUGCAUGGCACUUCUUCCUUAGUAACCUUCGUCAGCAUGUUGUCACUCGGGAUGGUGUGGGUCUAAUAUCCGACCGACACGAAUCCAUCAAUGCAGCUGUGAAAUGCAGUAACGGAGCUUGGUCACCUCCUAGAGCUUUUCAUAUUUUCUGCAUCAGGCAUAUAGAGUCGAAUUUUCUGCGAAAAUUCAAGGCACCGUACCUCCAAAAAUUGGUCGUCAACAUUGGUAACCAUUUACUAAAUUUAAGUAACUUAUUAACAGAAAUAACCUUCAAUAUUUGUUUCACUUGUUGCUAUCCUCUAGGAUAUUCGAGGAAGGUGCGGGAGUACGAAGUGCGUUACCAGCGAUUACGGGAACGGGGUGAAGCGUAUACAAACUGGUUAAACCGAAUUCCUCGCGAACAGUACGCAUUGGCAUUUGAUGGUGGAUACCGAUGGGGUCACAUGACAACGAAUCUAGUGGAAUGCAUCAAUUCAGUGUUGAAGGGUGCACGCAAUCUUCCCAUUACUGCUCUUGUCAAGGCAAUAUUCUACAGGCUAAACGAGCUGUUCACCAGAAAAAGAGCGGAGGCAGAAACGCGGAUUAAUGCUGGCCAUGUGUUCUCCGAAGUCGUGACCUCGAAGUUGCAUGCAAACCAACUUUCAUUAGGAAACAUUCAGGUCAGUUGCUUUGACCGGCAGAAUGAGGUCUUCGAGGUGCGUGAGAUGCCAAGCGGACUGGAGUUUGCAGCCGAUCUACGUGGCCUUCGAUGUGACUGUGGUGAGUUCCAGGUGGACCGGAUCCCCUGCAGACAUGUGUUCGCAUGUUGCGCCAACCAGCGACUGGAUUGGAAACUGUAUUUGCAUGAUGUGUAUAAGAUUGACCAAGUUCGGCAGGUGUACCGAGCAAGAUUUAGGCCACUAGGUAACCCGACGACAUGGCCUGCGUACAACGGUCCUCGCUUCGUACCGAAUCCGUAUCUGAGACGAGUCUCGAAAGGGCGCCCCAGGAUGACGCGCUUCUUGAAUGAGAUGGACACGCGAAUGUUACGUCGUCCUAGGCGAUGUACGCUAUGUGGAGCUGAGGGACACAGUCGUAGUAGAUGCCGUCAGUCAACUGGUACAAAUGCCGACGGAGAUGCUCAGUAG